CCGCAGUCUCCUGCGUCCAUAAGCAGCAUCCUCGCAGGCCCUCCCCCUCCCCCUGUGUGGGGAUGGUACGCUCCGGUAAGCCUGGCCGGGCUGCAGUGGAUGUUGCUAGAAUCCACGCGGAGGAAGGAAGAGACGCAAGCAGGCUGCGGUGACCCAAGCAGCCACCCCUACUUCAAGAACCCCUUCCUUGAGAGACGACAUCAUGACCCAGGGAAAGCUCUCUGUGGCUAACAAGGCCCCCGGGACUGAGGGGCAGCAGAAGACAAAUGGCGAGAAGAAGGAGGUUCCAGCAGUGCCCUCGGCGCCGCCUUCCUAUGAAGAGGCCACCUCUGGAGAUGGGCUGAAGUCAGGGACCUUCCCCCAAGCCCCCACGGCUGUGCCCCUCCAUCCAAGCUGGGCCUAUGUGGACCCCAGCAGCAGCUCCAGCUACGAAGCUUUCCCCACAGAAAACCAUGAGCUCUUCACCACCUUCAGCUGGGAUGACCAGAAAGUUCGCCGGCUGUUCAUCAGAAAGGUCUAUACCAUCCUGUUGGUCCAGCUGCUGGUGACCUUGGCUGUUGUGGCUCUCUUUACCUUCUGUGACGUCGUGAAGGACUACGUCCAGGCCAACCCAGGCUGGUACUGGGCAUCCUAUGCCGUGUUCUUUGCAACCUACCUUACUCUGGCUUGCUGCUCUGGACCCAGGAGACAUUUCCCUUGGAACCUGAUUCUGCUGGCCAUCUUUACCCUGUCCAUGGCCUAUCUCACUGGGAUGUUGUCCAGUUACUACAACACUACUUCUGUGCUGCUGUGUCUGGGAAUCACGGCCCUCGUCUGCCUCUCAGUCACCAUCUUCAGCUUCCAGACCAAGUUUGACUUCACCUCCUGCCAGGGUGUGCUCUUUGUAUUGCUCAUGACCCUUUUCUUCAGUGGACUCCUCCUCGCCUUCCUCCUGCCCUUCCAAUACGUCCCCUGGCUCCACGCCGUCUAUGCCGUGCUAGGAGCAGGCGUGUUUACAUUGUUCCUGGCAUUUGAUACCCAGUUGCUAAUGGGUAACCGUCGCCACUCGCUGAGUCCCGAGGAGUAUAUUUUUGGAGCCCUCAACAUUUAUUUAGACAUUAUCUAUAUCUUCACCUUCUUCCUGCAGCUUUUCGGCACCAGCAGGGAAUGAGGAGACCUCCCCAUCCCUACGUUCCUCCAGAGAACGUCCCUUCCCUGUCCUGUGACCCCUCUGUGCUCCUGCAAGUCCAGACAUAAACGUGCUGCAGCCA